AUGGCAUGGGUUGCCGGAUACUGCCUCGUGACGCCACUUGCAAUUGUAGCACCGAGUUGGCGAUGGCUCAUAUUCUUCGUCUCCGUGCCACAGCUAAUCACAGCUUCACUCUGCUAUUUACCUUUGUUCCCGGAAAGUUUGCACUAUCUCGCUAUUGGACGUCACGAAAAGAUCGUCGGCGAAUGGCUGAACAAAACCGGCGAUGUUGAUGUCGCUGGAAUCGACCCUAGAAGUAUGGCAGACGAGUAG